UCGGUAACGGGUGCAAGAGAAAUCAAAAUCAAAGGGACCUUAGAAAGCCCUAAGAAUCAAAAUUUUCUAAAACCCUUACCUUUGCAUCUCUCCUCGUCGUCGCCCUUCGAUUCAAUGCAAUGGAGGCAGAGGAGGCUGUUCAACAGUAUCUCUACGAUACCCUAAGCCCACUUUCCUUCUCCCCCAUCUCGACCACCGCAGCCGGGGACCAAUUGUCCUCGCCCGAUGACCUUGAGCCCUACUCUGUUUUCCGCAACGAGAUCUCUCUCUCCACCCCCCAUUGUGCUCCCGCUGAGGCUGCAGCAACCGAGUUUUUUGCCCUUGAUGUAGCUUCCGACAACGUUGAAGAAAAUUCGGGGGGUUUUUCUACUCCUUUGCUUGUUACUUCGGCUUUGGAAACUGAGCCUAGGACGCCGGAAUGUGAGGGUGAGGAUCAGUCGAGGCUUGAAAGUGGGUGGUUCCGUGGCAAUAGUGGAUUCAAGAGUCCUAUGCUACAGUUGCAUAAAGAAAUAGUUGAUUUUUGUGAGUUUCUAUCUCCUACCGAAGAAGAACGCUUUGCACGUGACAAUGCAGUAGAAAGGGUUUUUAGUGUUGUCAAACAUAUAUGGCCUCACUGUAAGGUUGAAGUUUUUGGAUCAUUUCAGACAGGGCUUUAUCUUCCAACCAGUGACAUUGAUGUUGUUAUUCUGGGUUCAGGCAUCCCAAAACCACAACUUGGUUUGCAAGCUCUAUCCAGGGCUUUAUCGCAAAGGGGAAUAGCAAAAAAGAUUCAGGUUAUUGGAAAGGCUCGUGUGCCAAUAAUUAAGUUUAUUGAAAAGCAAAGUGGCAUAUCUUUCGAUAUAAGUUUUGACGUGCAGAAUGGACCAAAGGCUGCUGAUUUUAUAAAGGGUGCAAUCAGCAAGUGGCCUCCUUUGCGUCCUUUGUCUUUGAUCUUAAAGGUGUUUCUGCAACAGAGAGAACUGAAUGAGGUAUAUUCUGGUGGACUAGGUUCGUAUGCACUUCUUACCAUGCUUAUGGCAAUGUUGCAGAGUAUCAACGUGCAGCACUCCUCUCUUGAGCACAAUCUUGGAGUCCUUUUGGUACAUUUCUUUGAUUUUUAUGGUCGGAAAUUGAAUACUUCUGAUGUUGGUGUAUCUUGCAAUGCGGGAGGCAUUUUUUUCUCGAAGAGUUACAGAGGAUUCAUGACCAAAGGACGCCCGUGUCUUCUCUCCAUUGAGGAUCCUCAGGCACCAGAUAAUGACAUUGGCAAGAAUUCCUUCAAUUACUUCCAGAUAAGAUCUGCAUUUGCAAUGGCCUAUUCAAUCUUGACAAAUGUUAAGACUAUUCUCGGGCUGGGUCCAAACCGGAGUAUUCUUGGAACAAUAAUCAGACCCGAUCCUGUCUUGCUGAAGCGAAAAGGUGGCAGACAUGGAGAAGUGACCUUUAAUUCUUUACUGCCUGGAGCAGGAGAACCUUUACAACAACCAGAUCAGUAUGGGGAUGAUCAAGAGAUGCUGUGUAAUUGGCAGUUUGGUGAUGAUGAGCCAUUGCCACGAGGGAACAAUACACCUGAAAAUGUAGGGACACCUUCCUCUAAAAAGAAGAGAAAAACUCGCGAGAAGUCCAGAAAGAAGGAAAAAGAAAGCCAUACGAGUAAGCGCAGGCAUGAAGACAAUGGAUCCAGAAAAGAGAAAAGUUCAAAAAAGAAACGAUCGAGACAGAAUGGCAAUGAUGCCAAUGGUUUGUGGAAUGCUGGCAGAAGGUCUCCUUGGAGUCGAUAAUCCAUGCAGGGUCUGACCAGUCCAUUGAACUUGUGAUCUCCACAAAUCGAUCAGUUUUGGAUCGACUAACACUCGGCUCAAAGUUGCACCGGCGGGGUAAAUUUUUAACUAACAGUAUUACUACAGGAAAGAGAUAUUUAUGCUGGCCAUAUGCCAGCUGAUGAGAUGGUCUCUGCGGCCGUUGUUGGAGCUUGUACGUUUAGACACCAUACUCAACCUGGAGGUGGAGUGGCCUUAUUCAGGUAAAUUUUUUGACUAUAUUCAUUUAUGAUCAUUCAAUAUUUUAUCAUUUCUAGCAUCUGUUUGCGUUUCAUAUGUAUCUCUAGAAAUAUAAAGAAAUCAGUGAUUUGUUAUGUAUCCUCUAGUGAAAGUAAUAAAUCAUUCUUACUCCUUUUUUGGCUUGUUGUUCA